AAGCUUCUGCAACUUAGCUUCUCUCUCUCUCUCUCUCUCUCUAUUCUGAAAACGUUUAUUUAGUAGAAGUAUUGAUAGAAUCCUCACAUUACAAGACAAUUCCAACACCAAUCACAGGAACACCCCCUUCGCAGUAGCUCACCCAUGAAACCUCAAGAAAAGCUGAGAAAGCUAUAGCUGUGACAAGGCUGUCUUCUUAUGUCGUUCCAGUGAACUCCAAGCAGACACAACAAAAGAGUUUUGAGAUAUAUAGACCUUUUCUUCUUCUUCCUCGAGGAGUGCUAUAUAUGUGACACUGUGUAUGAGGUCUUGUUUUCCUGAAGGAGAACCAUUUGGUACAAUUCAAGUCACAGUGUAAACGAGGAGAUCAUAUUUAUAGGCUUCAAGUCCCAACUGAGAGAUUGAAAGAUGUUAGGCUCUCCAUCAUCUGCUGCUGCUGCUGCCCCUCCUGCUGCUGAUGCUGCUGCUGGCGGUGGCACCACCAUUCCAGCGGCCACUACGCAACCAUUCACUUCGCCGAGCAAUGCCACUAGCACCAAGAGGAAGCGAAGGCCGGCAGGCACUCCAGACCCGGACGCGGAGGUGGUGUCGCUGUCGCCGAGGACGCUACUGGAGUCGGACCGGUACGUGUGCGAGAUCUGCAACCAGGGGUUCCAGAGGGACCAGAAUCUGCAGAUGCACCGGCGGCGGCACAAGGUGCCGUGGAAACUGCUGCGGCGGGAGGUGGCGGAGGUGCGGAAGCGGGUGUUCGUGUGCCCGGAGCCGACGUGCCUGCACCACGACCCGUGCCACGCCCUCGGCGACCUGGUCGGGAUCAAGAAGCACUUCCGUCGCAAGCACAGCAGCCACCGGCAGUGGGUGUGCGCCAGGUGCUCCAAAGCCUACGCGGUGCAGUCCGACUACAAGGCCCAUCUCAAGACCUGCGGCACCCGCGGCCACUCCUGCGACUGCGGCCGCGUCUUCUCCAGGGUGGAGAGCUUCAUCGAGCAUCAAGAUACGUGCACCGCCGGCCGAGCUCCGGCAGAGAUCCAGACACGGCAGCCGACGGCAUGCCUGUCUACGACGGCCUCAAGUUCAAGUCCGUCGAGCAACACCAACACCGGCCCCACAAUGUGGCCCGGCUUAAGAACGCCGACUCCAGCUGCCGUCUUCAUUCGCCGGCCGGAUCAACCUCCAUCGUCGAAACCUGAUCGAUAUCGCACUCAAGGCGUAGAGCUGCAGCUACUACCUCCAUCCAGUGAUCCGCAGACCACCCUCCCCUCCCCUGCGAUGCAUCCCAUCGCCGAAGAGGUCAAGAUCACGAAACUGCAGCUCUCGAUCGGGCCUGCUGCCGAUCACCCACCUUCCAAUGAUCCACAACGCGCUGCCGCUCGUCUCAAAGACGAGACGAUGGAGCAGAUAAAGCUGGCCAUGGCCGAGAAGGCGCUGGCGGACGAGGCGAGACGGCAAGCGAGGAGACAGCACGAACUAGCCGAGCAAGAGUUCGAGAACGCCAAACGGAUCAGGCGACAAGCACAACUGGAGCUGGAUCGAGCUCAUGCCAUCAGGGAGCGCGCCGUGCAGCAGGUGGACUCAACGACAGCGCUGCAGAUUACUUGCUACGCUUGCAAGCAGCAGCUCCGGGCGAACCCCGCAAUGGCGUCCGAGGACAACUCGUUUGUCGUGAGCUACAUGUCGUCGGUGGUGACCGAGGGAGAAGAGGAGCACGAUGACCGUAAGCAUCGAGACAAGAUCUCAAAAUCGUAGCUUCAUAGUUCUAUCCGGAUUCCAAUGAUCCUUUUUCCUUCCGUGUUCAAUGUGCAUGUCAAGAGUCGCACUGUACAACAUGCAAGUGUGCUAUGGUUAUGAUGUAUUUCUUGUGAUGAUUAAGCUGAGAGGGAUAUAUAUAAUCGUCUCAUGCCAACUCUCAAACA